AUGGGCAGGUGCGGCGGCAUGGUGUUGUACCUGAUGGCAAUCUUCCUGCUCGUUGCGCUCUUCGCAUCGUCUGCGAAGUGUCGUCCUGAGCCACUCGACGACACGGCGAGCAGCAGCAAUGGCAAGGCCAUGGCGCUCAACUCCACGGCAACGACGACGUCAGUCAAUGGCAGCAGCGGUUCCGGCGACGAGAAGCUGGUGUGGUGCAUCAUGAGGAACUGUGUGUACGAAGGACGUGGCAACGCCCCCUGCUUCUGCUGCGCGGCCAUGAAGCCGAACGCGUGCUACGAAACGAGGGACCAGUGCAACGGCAACUGCGUGUAG